AUGGAAGAAGUUCUUGAAAACGACUCACUUGUGGUGGCUCAGGAUAAGUUAGCAAAACCACCGACUUUUAUCAAGAUCCUCCUCCGAGAGACGGAUGAUGUUGUUCUCUUUGAAAAUCCCAGUGAGACUGUUCCACGAGAUAGUGAGGAAGCUGCUGAAGUUGUGGCUGCCAAUGAGAGGUAUGAAUAUUUGACCCGUGGUAAGGGAAGGAAUCGACGUACUACAAAUUCCGAGGCUCAGACAAUGGACUGCUUGUUCAAGUCCCGUGCCGUGAAUACUGAUCGCAUAAAGCAGGAGAGUAUUGGGACUUUUGUAUCGAAUUAUGAGAUGUUCGACACGUACGAGGAUCUCGCUCGAUCAACUCAGAGUCUGGAUGUCACUGAAGAGACCAAGAUUGUUAUAACUACCUAUGCUAGAGAAGGAGAAGAAGAUCCUGGACAAUUUCUCAACACAUCAGCAAAUUUUCGCCUAUCCGCUAUGAUUAUUCAGCGUCUUCUUGCGGGAAAUGUUUUUCGUGAGAAGCAAAAACGCUUCCGGAAUAUGUAUCUCCCAGAUCCAUUGGCUAUGAAUGUAAAGUAUCACUAUACAAUGGAAAAACUCUGGUCAUACCAAUGGGUUGCAUUGGCUGGGUAUGCUGUAACGAGUUUUAGUUGGUGCGAAACAAAUCGAGACAUUCUAGCCGUUGGUUAUGGGCUUUUCUACAUGGAUCCCAAGCAGGAACAGCCGGAAGAUGGAUGUGUGUGCAUUUGGAGUAUUAAGAACCCAGUCAAUCCUGAAAGAAAGUUUAAUUUUGAUGCUCCCGUGAGUGCUGUUUCCUUCUCACCGUAUUUCUCGCAAAUGCUGGCUGUUGGGUUGUACAAUGGCACCAUGGAAAUUCGGGAUUUCACAGAUGAGCAUGGAGCAUUGGUUGCCAGUACAGAUCGAGAAACAUCACCGGGAUUUGAGUCAAUUUGGCAAAUUGAUUGGCUUCCCGGUGAGGGGUUGUACAGUGAGUUUGGGCAAUUGUUGACCAUCUCCAUUGAUGGGAGAAUCAUGAAGUACUCCUUCACUUCGGGACCCCAUUUAGCGGGUAUUCAGUUGCUACGGCUAAGUCGUGUCGAGGGGGUCGUUGAGGGUUUACCGAUUGCAAAGAAGAAAGACCUCAUGGAAGCAUAUCGUCAUCCACAAGCUCUCUGCCUCCGUAUACAUCCCCUUCGUCAGCAUACGUAUUUCGUGGGAACGGAUGAAGGAUGCCUCCACACGUGCUCCCUAAACUAUCCACAUCACCAUAUUGGGGUAUCACAGGUGCAUAAAGGUUCAGUGUACAGCAUAGAGUACUCCCCGUGGAGCCCUCGAAUCUUCCUCACAUGUGGCAGUGAUUGGUGCAUCCGUGUUUGGGUGGAGGGAGUCUUUGAGCCCGUCAUUGAACUCUCAAGUGGCUUUAAUGCUGUCAACUGUGCAUUCUGGAGUCCCAUUCAUGCCACCAUCAUUGCCAGCUGCAGUCGUGAUUGUGUUGAACUCUGGGACAUUCGGCGAAAGACUCUGAAACCCGCUUCAACGCAUAAAUUCGAUACGGCUCCCCUUACUAAGAUCAAAUUCUCAAAAUGUGGUCGUUCGCUGAUUGUGGGUACAUCCGAUGGAACUGUUCAUGUUUGUGCCUUGGAAGAUAUGCCAUUUCCACCGCAUUUUCAAUACAAUGAACUCCAAAAGGCAAUUUAUGGGGCUAUUAGUGGAGAUCUUCUUGAGAAAGUAAAGAGUCUGGGUCAUCUGGGGUAUCCAGAAGAUAGAAAGAAACGUCCCACCUCAGCUUCAGGAAGCUCGAAAUGA